GUAAGAUAGUGCCUUUAUCAUUUAUCCAAAAUGAAAGCCUUUACCGUGCUACUGGCUUUUGCAGUCAUUUUCGUUAUUCUAUUCGAAGAGGCUACAGCAACUGUACCUUUCCAACUAGCUACGAAUGAUAAAUCGCGAUGCAAUACUCCGUUUGGUCAAUUAAGUCAUCGUAAACGUAGCAUUAUGUUCAAUGGCGGUUCAAACAGCAAAGUUUUUUACAAGUUUAUAGAAAACACAAACUCUUGCGUACCAUUCUACGGUCAAGAGUUGCCGCCAUUUUAUGGAUUUCGAACUGAAGCAGAAUGUGACUUGCAUUGCAGGAAUAUAUAUCACAGCCAGUAAUUAAAUGACUGGAAAUAUCUUAAAACUUCUGUUACCAUCAUUUUCAGGAAGAAGAAGAUGCGAAAAAGACUAUAAAAUGUAUAAAAUAUUCACUGACCAAUAAAUACUAUAUAUACUCAAAGAA